AACAUACCGUGUUCAUCCGACAACACUGUUUGGUCUUAGUGAAAAUUACAUGAUCGAAUUGUAUACGUUUAUUUCAUUAUUGAUUUAUUACAAACAUUAAUGUUAAUUAAUUAAAUAUUAAAACGUAUUUAUUUAAUUAUAUAAAAUGGGAAAGGGAUUUAAUAAUUACAUGUGCAAAAAAUUUUUUCAUCCAGCAUCUCGAGACAAUUUAAAACGAGUAUGGAUGGCUGAACAACAAGCAGAGGCUUAUAAGAAAAAACAAGAGGAAUUACGUGUUCAAUAUGAAAAAGAACAAGAUCUUCAUAAUAAUAAAGCUUUAUUGAGUAAAGAAAGCAAGGAUAAACUUAGUGUAAAUUUUAUGUAUGAACCACCACCUGGAGCAAAAAAAGAAAGAGAAAAAGAAGACAAUGAACCAGAAUAUAAAUUUGAAUGGCAACGCAAAUAUAAUGCACCAAGAGAAAGUUAUUGUAAAGGAGACAGUGAAAUAAGAGAUCAACCAUUUGGUAUUCAAGUACGUAAUGUCCGUUGUAUCAAGUGUCAUAAAUGGGGACAUAUAAAUACAGAUAAAGAAUGUCCUCUAUAUAGUCAGGCAAUGAGUGUAGUAAUGGCAAAUAAUUCACCAGCUACAUCUACUCCAGAUGCUUUAACGCUAGUUCAACAAAUGAGAGAAGAUGGAUUAGCACUUAAAAAAUCAGCUCUUAGUGCUCAACAACAUCUAAGAGUUCCUGAACAUGAACAUCUUAUGGUUUCAGAUGAUGAAGAACAAUCUGAAAUUACAUUCCUAAAAACACUUUCUAAAAAGCAAAAAAAGAAAUUAUUAAUGAAAUUACAACAACUUGAAAAGAGGACUAAAAAAGCAGAAAAAAGAAAAUUAAAAGAGAAACGAUAUAAACAUAAAAAAAAUAAAAGUGAUAUCGACAGUGAUAGUAAUGAUAGUUCCAUCAGCAGCGAUGCUAGUAGUAGUAGUAGUAGUAGUAAUAGUAGUAGUAGUAGUAAUAGUAGUAGUAGUAGUAGUAGUAGUAGUAGUAGUAAUAGUAGUAGUAGUAGUAGUAGUAGUAGUACUAGUAGUAGUAGUAAUAGUAGUAAUAGUAGUAGUACUCAAAGUACUAAUACUAGUAGUAGCAUCAUAAAUAGCUGUGGUACAAAAAGAUUUAGAAAGGAACAAAAAAAAGAAAAAAAAAAUUCUAUUUCAAAUGGAGAUUCUAUGAAUUAUCAAGAAAAGAAGGAAAAAAAUAAAACAGAUAGUAGAAAGAAAAGAAAUAGAUUUAAACAUGAAAAGAAAUCCAAACAUAAAAAAUCUUAUGAGAAUGAUAUGAAAGAAAGUAAACAUAAAGAGUUUAAUAAUCAUAGAAAAAGAGAGCUUGUAAAAUUUACUGGAAAAGAAACUAAUGAAAAUCAAAAUAGAAAGAAAAUAAAACGAUAUUAAAAUAUCUUUUCAUAUUAAAAAUAUAUACUAAUAUAAACUCUGAAUUGAAUAUAAUUAAUAAACAUAUAUGAAUUAUUAAAUAUAAUAAAUGAUAUAAAUCAUAAAGAACAAAACGGGUAAAAUAUAAUGUAUAUAUACAUAAAAAAAUCAUGUAAACAAUGAUAAUUUUCACAUGAUUUUCAAGCAGAUGUCCAAAAAAAUAUAUAAAAUUACAUGUAAUAAUAUCUUAUAUUCAUUUUUAUGUUUUAUAUCGAGGAUAACGAAUUUCUCAGAUUAUAAUAACUGUUUUCUUAGUAAUUUACUCCAUCAACACAACAAUUAAAAAAUAGAAUUUUAAUGAUUUGAUAUUUGAUAUUUGAAAUCAUAAAAAUCUAGAAAAAAACAAUAUUAUGAUAAAAUUUCAGUAGUUUUUAGUAUAAAAAUUAAAUCAGUUACAUCAAAAAUUAAAAGGG